GAUUGGUCAAAGUUUCGUGGUGCGCUACAGAGUCAGAAAACUCAGCAUGGCCGACCAAAUGAACUGGUCGGUUGAUGGAGAGACGUUUCCCGACUUGGGGACCGACUUUUUGAAUCCUACAGAUUUUGACACAAGCUCUUUUGGUGGAGUAGAAGAUAUUGAUACAAAUGAUAUUAUUCGGUAUAUCAAUGGAGAAUUGGCACCAGCCAAUGAUUUGUUUGAAAAUGCUGUACUUCAAGAUGGUUCAGACACUCAUUUCACUCUUAGCAACCAGGCUGUGGUCAAACAAGAGCCGGAUCUGUCAUUUGGGCAAACCCAAGCAAACCUCCUCACUUCUGCUACAGACUUGACGGGCACAAUAUUCUCGCACAAUGCCUUGAAGUCUCUGCUGGAAUUUCGGGAUACUUCUCCUGUCAGUGUGAAGCAAGAAGAAUCAACUGUUGAUGUUGUCACCAAUGGAGGUUUGAUUGCUGACACUGAGCUGGACCCUGCUGUAACUUUGUUGACACAGUUAACACCAUCAGGACUAAAGACAUUGCUGGAAUUGAAUGAUAAUGUGCAAACUAAUCAGUUAAGGCAGGCAGCAGUUCGGCUGCAUCAGCAGAUGCAGCUAGCCAAGCAGAAGCAGCAGAUACAGCAACAGCUUUUAUUACAGCAGCAACGUCAGCAGCAACUGCAGUUAGCCAUGUCCAAAGUUGCAGCAGCUGCCCAGAGCAAUAGUGUAGCCACAACCCUGCCCAGCCAACAGCAGCUGAAGCUUAUCCUGCAGCAGCCUCUUGUUACCACAGUGACCACAGCACCUGUCACAACCCAGGUGGCUCCUAAACCCCAGCAAGUGACUCAGGUUGCACAGGUUCAAGUGGUGAAUUCACAACCCUUAGAAGUGUCCUCAGGAACUGCAACAACCCAAAGUAUUGGCCAGGUCAGCCUUCAGCAGCUUCAGCAGCUGCUGUUACAGUCACAGCUCAUCAAAAUAACAGGGAGCAAUAGUAGCACAAAUGUCACUACUGCUGCAACUUUGUCCACUCCAAGUGCCACCCCAGUUUCGAUUACCCAGACACCAGCUGUCAUAACUUCCACUGUCCCUUCAAGUCCUGUGCCCACUUUGGUUACUGCUGGCAACACCAUCUUGACAACAAGCAUUCCUCUUCAGGUUGUUGAUGGUGACAAGAUGCCAAUUAACCGCCUUAGUUCGACCCCAAAAUUAAAAAACAAAGGAGAGAAACGUACAGCUCACAAUGCUAUUGAGAAGCGAUACCGUCUCAGCAUAAAUGACAAGAUCGUUGAACUCAAGGAUUUGGUAGCAGGCAAGGAGGCAAAACUUAACAAGUCAGCUAUUUUGAGAAAAGCCAUUGACUUCAUACGCUACUUACAGUCCUCCAAUGAGCGUCUUUUAAAAGAGAACCGUAUUCUGAGGAUGGCAGCAAAUAAGCAGAAUCUAGAUGAGCUUCUCGCUGGUGCUCAGUCUGAUUCAGUGGACACUUCCAUGUUAGUGCUGACUCCACCACGCUCAGACCACUCUCCUACCAGCAGCCCCAUGGACAGUGAUGCUUCUUCUCCAGGAAGUCCUUUGUUUGAUCACAUGGAGGAUUCUCUUUUGGAGAAGGAUGAUGAAAAAAGCAGCUUUGAAGUAAUCUCAAACCGUAUGCUGGAUCGAUCUCGGAUUGUCUUAUGUGUGUUCAUGUUUGCCGUGCUGGCAUUUAAUCCAUUCAGUCUGCUGUUUUCUAACAAACAGGCUGUGGGUGAUGAAUAUGGACAUAGUGGAAGAACACUUCUCGGAUUGCAUGCUAGUGUUUCACAAGCAGACUGGAGGCAGUAUUUGGCUUCAUGGAUUUUUCCCAGAUUGUUUUUGUGGCUGAUCAAUGCCACAAUAGUGGGAUUUGUGUUGGCUAAACUUGUGUAUGGUGAACCUGUCUUGUACAGAAAAAGCCGUGCCUCAGUAGCAUUCUGGCGGCACCGAAGACAAGCACAAGUGGAUAUGGAACGGGAAGACUUUUCAUCAGCAAGUCAUCAGUUACGCAAAUGUCUUGAUGCCUUGGGGCAUCCUUUGCCAACAUCUCCUGGGGACACUAUCUGGUCAGUCCUGUGGCAGAUGCUGCGCCAUUUUCUGCAUCGUUUAUACAUUGGUCGUUGGUUUGCUGCUCGUGCUAGAGGGGCUCAUGGUUCUGAAGCAAUUGAAGUGAAAGAAUCCGCACGUAAUGCAGCUCUGGUGUAUCACAGCCUGAACCAGCUGCACCUUACAGAAUACCUAACAGGGGGGAAACUUUGUGGUUUGAACUUGGCACUGUGUGCAAUCAAUAUGGGAGAAGCUGCAAAAGACAAGUUGCCUCGCUGGCUGCUGGCAGAGAUUUACACCACAAGUGCGCUGCAAACAAAAGCAUCUCUACCAUCCUACAUGCAGUAUCUUGGACGCUACUUUCUCCGACGUGCUCGACGAUUGUGUGCUGGUGGUGGAGAGCAAGUGCCACCCAAUUUGCAGUGGCUUCUUCAUGGAGAGGGACACAGUUUCUUUUUGCAAGAUCAGCCUCUCUUCACCACCUCCACUUCUGUUCUCUCCAGCAGUGGAUCAAAAGCUGACCCUUUGGCAAAUGUGACUCAAGCAUUCAGAGAGUACUUGUUGGAGAAGAGCCUCUUUACUCUUCUCUCACCACGGGAUCCUUUUGGGAGAAACACAUGUGCAGGGACAAUGCAGUAUGCACAGCUCCUGAUACAGUGCUCUUGCAUGAAUGGAAGACAUGCUUCUGGUUCUGCAGAUGUUAGUGAAAUAUCAGCUCAGGAAGUGGAUGAAGUAGCUCGAUGGUGGGGUGCCAUUGUGUCUGUUGCUUACUAUUGGCUAAUCGGUGAUGACGAAAAUGCUGCUCGCAAUUACUCUCUUUUGGAUGCUUUUCCACAGAAGCUUCAAAAUUCUGAUGAUCCACUGCCUCGGGCUGCAUUCCUGGCAUAUAAAGCACGUAAAGGAGUAGUGGCACAUUCUGAUGUCAAUCGUGGCAGGCUGUCUCUGCAGCAGUGUAACCGGGCAGGCCGUCUGCUACGUGACAGCAUGAAGCUCAUUUACCCUGAACAAGGGCGUUCUGCCAUAAAGUGGGUACAUCUUUUACUUUGUGACUGGCUUCUCACCACACGCACUGAGCUAUGGGAAGCAGGCCAGACUGGUAACAGGGGCGAAAAACCUGCCAGCCAGCUGGAACUCAUUGGCUUCCAGCAGGAUCUUACCUGUUUGAGAAAACUUUCACAGGCUGACAAGGCAGCUCUUCCAAAGGUUUUCUUGCAUGAAGCAACUGCAAGGAUGAUGGCUGGUGCAAACCCAGCCAGAACACAGCAGCUUCUUGAUCGCAGCAUUCGUUGUCGCACCAAGCGUUCUUUAAGCACAGAUUCAUCAGAUUUGGAGAUGCCAGAGAGGGAACAAGCUACAGCACUUCUCAUGGCAGGUCGCCAUUUACCAGAUGCCGUCAUGCAGAGCACUUAUCAUCGAGUGGGUCUUAUAACAGAGGCCAGCCGCAUGUAUGAAGCAUUAGGUGAUAAAAAAUCAGUGCAGAUGUGUAGAAUGACUUUGUUAGAAAUCGACAAUAUCAGCCAACAGGCAAACGAAAUUUCUUUGCAGUGCUAGGAGUCAUUCUGGAUCAUGACAAGGUACAAAACAGAACUAUUCAGAGGGGCGAGUUGGUGGGUAGAGAAACUCGUUUUUGGAUAGUUUUGAACUGUGUGCAAGCACAGCAGCUGGUAGUGUAGUCUUGUAUUUUUUUUUAUGUAUACCACAGUGCUCCUGUCAAAUCACUAAUAAAACAAGCAUGCAGUUUUUUUUAUGAUUCCUGUGAAUGGUGUAUAAAUCAAUGAGGGAAAGAAAAUUGUUCUUCAAAUGUCACAUUGCAGUUUCUUUCUAGUGGGUACUGCGCUAUACUAUGACAUGAAGUUCUGGUUACAAACAGAAAUGUUUUUUGAACCUGACCAUUUUAACAUUUUAAAAUUUUAACUCCUCUCUUAUAUUAGGAAUCUGUAUGUCUAUGAUCCCUGCAAAAUUAAAGUCGUUAUUUUUAUGACUUGUAGUGAGGCUUUUCUGUGAAACACAUCCAGUGCAACCCUGUUUUAUCAGUUUUGUAUACCAACAUGUAAGAACUGUUUGUGCAUGGUGAAACCUCCUUAUUAAGACCUUCCCUGUUGCAACCCCCUCUUAGACAUUUGGGUAAUAGGUACGUAUCACUGCUUGGGUUAUUCGUUUAGCCUGGGCCAAAGUUGACGACUCCUGCGGGAGGUCAGCAUAACUGGAUCAAUAUAUGGAUUUUUUAGUCGAAAUGACUACCCACUAUUCUCUUUACUGGUUCGCAUGUCAGUCGAUUUUGCUUCAUUAGAGGCCUUUUGCAGAAGUAAUGGGAUUAUGAAAAAAAAAAAAACAA